AGUUUAGCAAUUGAAAUAUUAUUGAUCUUACCAACUCCAACUCCAUUCACUUAAAUGAUUAGAAUAGAUUUCAAUCAACGAUACACAGGUUAACUAAGAUUUUACUACUUGAAUGAAAUAUUAACUUAUAUCCUAACUUUCAGAGUUAUUUUGCUUACUAAUAUCACACUUAAAUUUUCAUCCUUUUACAGUAGUCAAAUUGGCAGAUUAUGGUUCUAAUAUAUUUAUUCUAUUUUUAGUCGUCUCUAUUCUACUAAUUUUGAUACUCAUUUAGUAUUUAAAUUAUGUAUGAAAGAUCUACCUGGUUAUACAUUAAUGGGUUUAUUUGUGACAGGAAUGCUUCUCUUUGGUUAUACAUUAGAAAUAGCAGAAAGAGCUCUCUAUAGAAAUGAAACUCAACAUAGUGUUUAUAGUGUAAUGACAUCUAUGUGGGUUACUCUUACUACUAUUGCAACUGUUGGAUAUGGUGAAUUUUAUCCAACAACUGAUUUAGGUCGUAUAUCAAUGGCUAUUUGUGUAUUUUGGGGUGUUUCUUACACUUCCUUAUUUACAGCAAUGCUUGAUUCAAUGUUUGAAAGAAUGAAUUGUGAAGAGAUGGUAUGGGCAUUAUUAGAAAAGACUAGUGUUACUAAUGCUAUGAGAUAUUUAAGUUAAGAUUUGAUUGUUAGAAUUAAAUAGAUGAAAAUUAAAAAGUUAGAAAAUAAUAGUAUAAAUCUUAUUUAAGAUUCUAUUAAUGCUUUAAAAUAGAUGAAAAGAUAAUAUAGAAAUAUAGAUGGUGAGGAUUCAAUGUCAAAAGCUAAAAGAAAAUUUAAAGAUAUUAAUUUUAUGUUUCAAGAGUAUUAUUUAUUAUUAAAGGAAUUUAAACGUUUACAAUUAAUUAAUACAAUUAAUUAUCACUAUGUAUUUGAAUCACAUCCUAGUUGUAGUUAAAAACAAAAUUCUAAUCAUUUAUAGACAAAUUAAACAUAUGAUAAAUAGAGUAAGGAUGAUGCAAUUUUGUAAGAUUCUGAAGAAGAUGGAUCUGAUUUACUUGUGAUGGAAUUUCAUGUUUGA